CGGCGGGUAUAGGACAUACUAUUUUCCCUUUAUAUUGAUUGAUAUUUUAACUUCCGCGUUCCAAAGUCCAAUUUUCUGUAACUAAAUUUACAAUUGCUGAAACUCAGAAAGUGAUGGCGGUACCAGGAAAAUUAGCUGCUUCUUCCAAACAAGACUCGAACUUGAUAUGCCUUCCAUGUGAUAGAGAUGGCUUGAGGGAAUCAGUUUAUGGAUUUUGCCAGGACUGCCAAGAACACCUGUGUGAAACAUGUUUCAAGCACCACAAAAGGUCAAGGCCAUCGAUGAAUCAUGUCCUUCUUGGCAGAGACGAAAUGCCAAAGAACCAAACAAUUGAUACUGUGAGACCUGGUGACAAAACGGAUUUUUGUGCAAAUCAUAAAGAUAAUUCAUUAGAUUUUUACUGUUACAAACACAGGAAAGUUGGAUGCUAUGUCUGUGUUACACUGGAACACAAACUUUGCGAGGUAGACUAUAUUCCUGAUAUAUCAGGAAGUGUGUCUGAUGAGAUAAGGGAUUUGAUGACAGAAAUGGAAUAUUUGGUUAACAAAUGUAAAACCAACAUGGAAAAUGCUAAAACGGCUACACAUCAGCUGGACCUGAACUAUAAGAAUGUUGCGGAAGACAUCAAACGUUUUAGAAAAGAAAUAAAUGACCGUUUAGAUCAUAUGGAAAUUGAGAUUACUAGCAAACUUGAAGCUCUUGUAAACACAGCAAAAGUUAAACAAGAAAAUGUUAACGUAGCUUGUGGUGAAAUAGCCGAAGAAGUAAAUUGUUCGCAGUUGAAUCUAAACUAUCUAAGUGAGGAAAAUAAGCAGAACCAACUAUUUAUUGAAAUGAAGCAUGUUGAGGACCGUCUGUCUAUACUGACAUGUAAGGAAAAGCAAAUACUCGAGGACAAUGAAACAGAAGACGACAUUGAAUUUACCCCAAACAAAAAGAUAAUUGAGCUACUCAAGACUGAGAACAAUUUUGGAAGUGUAUCUGUGUAUGGAAAACCAUCAGCGGAUAAAGCAAUAUGUGUACAAUACAAAGGUACUGUCAGCGUUAAGUCUUCAUCUGAUAAGAAGGAAUGCGACGUCACUAGUCUUGUUAUGAUUUCUCCAUCGCAGAUGGCUGUGGCUGACCGAUGCAACAGAAGUAUCAAACUUAUUGACGUAGAAAAUGGUGCAUUAAUAUCAGAAAUAACCCUCUCUUCAGCUCCACUUGAUGUAAUAAGUCUUCCACAAAAUAAACUUGCUGUAGCUUUGACUGAUGAAAACCAUAUCCAGAUUUUGUCUUAUACUAACACAGGUAUGUCUUUUGAUCGACGUUUAGAUGUUAGAGAAUCAUGUUUUGGUAUAGCUUGUUGUCAAGAUAAGCUCGUCGUCGCGUGUAAUUACAAUCCCGGAAAGGUGAUUAUUCUGAAUCUUGCCGGGAAGGUUCUGAAUGAGUUUGAUUCUCCUGGUUUGUUAAAUGGACCCGAAAAGAUUGUCAUCAGCAGAGACGAAAAAUUCUUAUGUGUUUCCGAUUGUUUUGAACGAUACAAGUGCGUUAAAAUGGACUGGCAGGGAAAUACCAUUAACGUUUACGACGAGCCAGGAUAUAAAGCACCCUUCGGAAUCCAGGAGUUAGAAGAUGGCACCUUUCUGGUGUGUUACAGUAAAAGUAACACUAUCGUUAGACUAUCAGGUAGCUGCAAGAAAUGUGAAAUGAAAGGAUUUGAGAAAGUAAAUCUUUGUCGUCCAAGAGCUGUAGCAUAUUGUGAUAGAAAUCACACAUUGUAUGUCAGCCUUGCGUCAAAGAAAGGGAAAAGUGUGAGUGAUACCAUAAAAGUCUUCAAAGUUAAAUGGAUGUAAGAGUUAAGAAAAUGGGACAUGUCAAUGUAUUUUGAUAAUAUUAUUUUCAUUUAUUAUAUGUUUUACAAAAUAUGACAUUUCGUGUAUUCAGCAUAGAAGUAUUUCAACAUUUUAUUUGCCACACAAUGUAUCCUAGUGUUUGUUUGUGAAUAAUCUUUAUUAUAACUUAUUUCAUGCCGUUUUACUUUUCAAAAUGAAAAUGUUGUUUUACAUUAACGGGAAAACUUGGAUGGUUAUUUCUACAUGUUUAUACAAUUUAAAACUUGCACAAAUUAUAUGCACUUUCUACUGGUUUUGGUCGGGAUAAAUGGUCUUCUUGUAAUAUCAGCAAAAGGUUAUACGAAGUUUGACAUUUGAAUUUGAAGUAUAAAACGAUCUGUUCAUUGUUAUGCAAUUUUCUAUAAUACAGAAAAAAAUGCCCACUUGAACCCAACGGCACCAUCAUAUUAGCAUCUAGUCUAGAUUAUUUCUCAAUACCUUAUUCAACUAAUAAAAUAUUUUCAACAUCAA